AUGGUAGUACAGGCAUCUGUGACUCCGGGUAGGACCCGAAGACUUUUAUUCAAAAUCCCAUAUGGAUCACUGAGGAGACGCAGUGUGGAAAGGAUGACGGAGGGUCGCAGAUGCCAAGUGCACCUCCUUGAUGACAGGAAGCUGGAGCUCCUUGUUCAGCCAAAGCUUUUGGCCAAGGAGUUGCUUGACCUGGUUGCAUCUCAUUUCAACCUGAAGGAGAAGGAGUACUUUGGAAUUGCAUUCACUGAUGAAACGGGACACCUGAACUGGCUUCAGCUGGACCGCCGGGUGCUGGAACAUGACUUCCCCAAGAAGUCAGGACCGGUUGUUUUGUACUUCUGUGUCAGGUUCUAUAUUGAAAGCAUCUCCUAUCUAAAGGACAAUGCCACCAUUGAGCUGUUUUUCUUGAAUGCCAAGUCCUGCAUCUAUAAGGAACUCAUUGAGGUUGACAGUGAAGUGGUGUUUGAACUGGCUGCAUACAUCUUGCAGGAGGCAAAGGGAGAUUUUUCAAGCAAUGAAGUUGUAAGGAAUGAAUUAAAGAAGCUGCCAGCCCUUCCAACACCAGCACUGAAGGAGCAUCCUUCCCUCGCUUACUGUGAGGAUCGAGUCAUUGAACAUUACAAGAAACUAAAUGGUCAGACAAGAGGUCAAGCAAUUGUGAAUUACAUGAGCAUUGUAGAAUCCCUCCCAACAUAUGGAGUGCAUUAUUAUGCAGUAAAGGACAAACAGGGAAUUCCUUGGUGGUUAGGACUUAGCUACAAGGGGAUUUUUCAAUAUGACUACCAUGACAAAGUGAAACCAAGAAAGAUCUUCCAAUGGAGGCAGCUGGAAAACCUCUAUUUCCGCGAGAAGAAGUUCUCGGUGGAGGUGCACGACCCGCGCAGGGCAUCUGUGACCAGGAGGACUUUUGGGCAUAGUGGCAUUGCUGUGCAUACGUGGUACGCCUGUCCAGCACUAAUAAAGUCUAUCUGGGCUAUGGCCAUUAGUCAACAUCAGUUCUACCUGGACAGAAAGCAAAGCAAGUCCAAGAUUCAUGCUGCAAGAAGCCUGAGUGAGAUUGCAAUUGACCUGACUGAAACUGGAACACUCAAGACCUCAAAGCUGGCCAACAUGGGGAGUAAAGGCAAAAUUAUCAGUGGCAGCAGUGGGAGUCUUCUCUCAUCAGGUUCCCAAGAGUCGGAUAGUUCUCAGUCUGCCAAGAAAGAUAUGCUGGCUGCACUGAAAUCCAGGCAAGAAGCUUUGGAAGAGACGCUGCGCCAGCGCUUGGAAGAGCUGAAGAAGCUGUGUCUUCGAGAAGCGGAGCUCACAGGAAAGCUGCCACGAGAAUACCCCCUAGAUCCUGGGGAGGAGCCGCCUAUCGUAAGGAGAAGAAUAGGAACUGCCUUUAAACUGGAUGAGCAGAAAAUCCUGCCUAAGGGAGAGGAGGCAGAGCUGGAGCGCCUGGAGAGGGAGUUUGCCAUUCAGUCCCAGAUCACAGAGGCUGCUCGGCGCCUGGCGAGCGACCCAAACGUCAGCAAAAAGCUGAAGAAGCAGAGGAAGACGUCCUACCUGAACGCUCUGAAGAAACUGCAGGAGAUCGAAAACGCCAUCAACGAGUACCGCAUCAAAUCUGGAAAGAAGCCAACCCAGAGAGCCUCCCUGAUCAUAGAUGAAGGAAACAUCGCCAGUGAAGACAGCUCCCUCUCAGAUGCCCUUGUUCUCGAGGAUGAAGAUUCUCAGGUCACCAGCACAAUAUCCCCUCUCCAGUCUCCACACAAAGGACUCCCUCCCCGGCCACCCUUGCACAACAGGCCUCCUCCUCCCCAGUCACUUGAAGGCCUCCGCCAAAUGCAUUACCACCGCAAUGACUAUGACAAGUCCCCCAUCAAACCCAAGAUGUGGAGCGAGUCAUCCUUGGAUGAACCGUAUGAGAAAGUCAAGAAACGCUCUUCACACAGUCACUCCAGCAGUCACAAACGGUUCCCCAGCACCGGGAGCUGCGCUGAGGCGGGAGGGAGCAGCUCGCUGCAGAACAGCCCCAUCCGGAGCCUUCCACACUGGAACUCCCAGUCCAGCAUGCCCUCUACACCGGACCUACGGGUACGCAGCCCCCACUACGUCCACUCCACGCGGUCAGUAGACAUCAGCCCGACCAGACUGCACAGCUUAGCUCAGCACUUUAGACACCGGAGUUCCAGUUUGGAGUCACAAGGCAAACUCCUUGGCUCAGAAAAUGAGACAGGGAGCCCUGAUUUCUACACCCCAAGGACUCGUAGCAGUAAUGGCUCUGACCCCAUGGAUGACUGCUCUUCCUGCACCAGCCAUUCCAGCUCUGAGCACUACUACCCUGCUCAGAUGAAUCCAAACUACUCCACCCUGGCAGAGGAUUCCCCAUCAAAAGCCAGAGAGCGACAGAGGCAAAGGCACAAAUCAGCAGGCAACCUGGUCUCUUCCAAUUCAGGGAGUAUGCCCAACCUGGCUGCCAGGAAUGGGACAGGGCACCACCGCGUCUACCUGCACAGCCAGAGCCAGCCCUCCUCCCAGUACAGGAUCAAAGAGUAUCCCCUGUACAUCGAGGGUAGCUCCACACCUGUGGUGGUACGGAGCCUGGAGAACGACCAGGAGGGACACUACAGCGUCAAAGCACAAUUCAAAACCUCCAACUCCUACACGGCGGGGGGGAUGUUUAAGGAGAACUGGCACGGGGAUGAAGUGGACUCUGUCAGGCUCACCCCCUCACGCUCCCAAAUCAUAAGGACUCCAUCUCUGGGCAGGGAGGGCCAUGAGAAAGGCUCAGGCAGGACUGCAGUGUCAGACGAGCUGCGGCUCUGGUACCAGCGGUCCACGGCCUCCCACAAGGAGCACAGCCGCCUGUCGCACACCAGCUCCACCUCCUCGGACAGCAGCUCCCAGUACAGCACAUCCUCGCAAAGCACCUUUGUGGCGCACAGCCGGGUCACAAGAAUGCCUCAGAUGUGUAAAGCAACAUCAGCUGCCUUACCUAACAGCCAGAGGAGUUCGACACCUUCGAGUGAGCUGGCAGCCACGCCACCAGGCAGUCCCCACCACAUUCUCACGUGGCAGACUGGAGAAGCAACAGACAACUCACCCACUAUGGAUGAGUCUCAGUCUCCAACCCACCAAAGUACUGAUGAAUAG